AUGAAGUAUCCACAACUUGUAAAGGGAAUACUCUUGACUGGUGGUCCUGUUCUUACUAAGAAGAUGAUGGACAAAAUUGGAGGAACACCAGAUAUGUGGUCAAAGUAUCAGAAGACUCCAACAGAGAGAAGAGAUUUCUACGUUAACAUUGGACUUUGUGAAGAAAUUGCAUAUGAAGCAUCAAAGUGGAAUUGCAAGGCAUUCACACUCCAGACAAAUGCAUUGCUUGAUUUCAACCCAGAGUACGAUGAAAUCAAGGAGAAAGUCAAACAGCCUGUUUGGCUUCUGCACUCCAAGGACGACAAAAUCAUUACAGAGAUGAUUGUUUCCGAAUUCGUUGAGAAUAUCCCACAGUUGAAGUACAUUCUCAAAGAAGGAUACAAUCACUUCCCACCAACUGAAGUUCCACAACUCGUUGUUGACACAUUCCUAGAGAUGACUUCUCAAUUAAACUACUAA